AUGGCUAAUCCUUGGGAAGAUCUCGUGCAAGCUCAGCAUGACCUGUUCGGGCUUCUCUCGCGAUCCUACGAGAACAUGAGGAAGUCGGGAGAAGCCAACAUAACGCUCGGGCUACUGGAAGCCCACCUCCAGACCUUGGAGAGUUAUUGGGGCAAAUUCGUCACUCGACAUGAGCAGCUACUCAUCGAGUACGGGGACGACCUUGAGGACCACGAGUACUUGACAGGCGAUCUGAUGCUCAAGGCCGAUAUAUCCUUUCACGUGCAGAAGGGCAAGUACCUUGACGAUAUGCGCGCGAUGCGCGGUCCGGGCCAUGCGAUAGUCGCCGCUCCCGUCGCAGCUCCCGCUGCGACGUCUGCUGCCGUCAUCGCGGCCGCUGCUCCAACCGUCGCGGCCGCGGCCCCCGUCGUUGCGAGGUUGCCUCGCAUUUCAAUACCACAAUUCUCCGGUCAGUACGAGGACUGGCCAGCCUUUCGUGACCAUUUCUCUUCGCUGAUUAUUAGCAAUCAAUCCGCCACGCCGGUUGAAAAGCUCCAUUACUUGAAGACCAGCCUGAAGGGAGAGGCUGAGCAGGUUACUCGCCAGCUACCCACGACUGAAGCCAACUUCGAGCGUACCUGGCGAGCACUGAAGGAGCAUUACGAGAACAAGAGGCUCCUGGCGAAGUCAUACAUCUCACGACUUCUGUCACUACCUAAGAUGAAGGGUGAGUCGGCCGUUGAUCUCCGCAAAAUAUAUUAUUGCGUACAGAGAACCGUCGGGUCGUUAGAAGGGAUCGGUCGCCCCUUGACGCGUAGUGAUGACCUUUGCGUGCAAUUAAUUACGGGCCUUCUCGAUUCGGUGUCACGGCGGGAAUGGGAAACGCAACUUAGUCGUACGGCGGAACCGUCGUCCCUAGACGAGCUGCUCGUGUUCAUCAAUCAAAGGAUGCGGACUCUCGAGUCGCUGACUAUCUCGAAGAGCGAGGCUGGCUCGACGAAGGCUUCCUCAAGUGCCCUUCGUCAAAAACAAGCCUUACAGGUGCGUACGCAGAGAAGCCAGCGAGGCCGCUGCUUCCUUUGCAAUCAGGACCACUACGCCAGUGGGCCAGUGCGAAUCGUAUCUCAACAAGACGGCUGUCGAGCGGAAGCAGUUCGCGUCUUCCAAUGA